AACACCAUUGUAUAGCUCCAUUAUAUAGCUCGCUUGUUAAGUUUAGCUGAUACGGACCGUUUUACUGAGUGCGGGGUCCGCACCGGCGUUACGAUUACUAUUAAGACCGGCGUGAGCGUUAGGGGGCCUUGCGCCAAUAAAAAUGAAGCUCCAAGGAAUUCUUGAAAGUAUGAAGUCAUUCCACAAAUCAACAAUCAAAAUGAAAAAUCCAGGAAAAGUUGCUGAAAUGGUCAGCCAGAUCAUUGCAGAUGGCAAAUCAAAACUCCAGGUGGUGACUGACUUUGAUCGCACGCUUACCUGCACACGUGGGGACGCGUGCCCCGCCGCCAGUCCGCUGGCCUCCACGUGUUUUGAGAUCCUGGACCAGUCGGAGCUGAUGCCGCAAAUAUACCGCGACGAGACCACGCGUCUGCGGGACAAGUACUACCCGAUAGAGAUCGACCCGAAUCUCACCAUUGAGCAGAAGCUGCCCAUGGCGGUGGAGUGGUACACACAGGCGCACGAGGUCAUGCUGAAGACGGGCCUGCGCCAGAAGGACCUGGUCGCCAUGGUCCGCGACUCUAGCGCCAAACUCAGGGAGGGCACGGAUCAGCUGCUGGAGCGGCUGCACCAGAUGGACGUACCCGUGCUCAUCUUCUCCGCCGGUCUGGGGGAUCUGAUUCACGCCCUGCUCGACCAGCACGCUGACAACCAUGACAACAUCAAGGUCGUCUCCAACUACAUGCGCUUCGACGACGAGGGCAAGAUGGUAGGCUUCCACGACGAGCUGAUCCACAUGUACAACAAGAACGAGAACUCGGUGCACUCGUCGGCCUACUUUGAGCGGCUGCGGGGCCGCAACAACGUGCUGCUCAUGGGUGACAACGUGGGCGACCUGCGCAUGGCCGACGGCGUGGAAAACCCCAACGUAACGCUCCGGAUCGGCUUCCUCAAUGACUACAGUGAAGAGCGUCUGGCGAAGUUCCUGGACAUGUUUGACAUCGUGCUGGUGGACGACCAGACGAUGGACGUGGGCAACGACAUCGUCACGCAGCUCGCGUAACGCCACUUGCCUCCAUCGUGCCAUGCCGACAGCGAAAUCUCGAUUGUGAUUUAGGUUGUUGCUCUUCUGGAGGCUAGUUCCGGCGCCGGCCGCGGGCGGCGCUGUGAUCGCCCGAGUGCAGGCACUGCUAUUCGGCCUCAUGCCUCAGGGAUGUUUUGGCAGUCUGGAUCCAGCCGAAUUUGCUCUGCGAAGCAAGUCUUCAGCUGAAGAUUCGCACUGAGAUUUGGACGGUAUCGCGGAAAACUUCGCGUGCGUUUGCGAGUGCCUAUUCCUUUCUACUUCAUUGGCCGUCUUGGUUGUUUUGCGCAGAACCGCGGCUGAGUCAUGCAAGUUUUAUAGCAUGAUUUAAAGCGCCCUCAUCACCUUCCGUGAUUUCGUUGCGGAUGUGUUGGGACAACGCUCUGAUUGUGCCAUGCAUAGAAACACAGUUUGGAUGCCCAUGCUGUGAAGAGCACCAGUUUGUUUUCAGGAUCACUGCAACCUGUGGAGCUGAUGCUCUUGAGGCUACUGAUGCUCUUGAGCUGAUGCUCUUGAGGUUUUAUUUUUCCUUCAGUGCACAUUUAUGAAAAGUUCCUUUGCCUACGGAAAUUUAAGUUUGGGACUUUGUUGAUGCUCGCUGUUUUUGUUGGUAAUGGUUGGUUUUGGGUAUGAAGGGUGUUGUAGUGUAGCUUAUGGAGCCCUGUUUCUGACUCAUACUGCGAUUUACUGCUUUUGGCUAUUUUCUUAUUCAUAUCGUACCUUUCUUGGCUCAGAAAAAUCCUUGUUAUUGCUUCCUAGUUGGUUGUUGUAUUUUAAUGUAAUGCAAGACCUCUCACAAAGAAAAUAAACGUGGCUUGCCACAUGUUUCUGCA